GCUUUUAUGAUUUACAUUGUAUACAUUAAAAAAUAUAUACAGUUAUAAAUUAUACUAUGUUACCAAGAUAUAAUAUAUUUAAGAGAAUCUACUUAUCAAUUAUUAUUUUUUUGUAAUCAUAAUGGGAAAUUGUGUACACAAGCUUAGUGAAAUGUAAUUGUACGACUUAUUAAAUAGGUCAGUGAAACCUUAUGGUAGAAAACUAACUGUUGUUUUACUAUGGCUUUUAACACUCUAUUUGAUUCCACUGUGGUUUUACCACGUCUAUGCUCCUAUGCUUUUGGUUCAGUUGUUUAUACAUAUUCUAAAGAAAGGUUUAUAUUUGUUGAGAUACAAGCUUAUUUUUAUUUUUAUGGAUAUAACUAAUAAUAAAUUUGAAAAUUUUGAAUCUGAAGAAAAUCAUGAAAGUGCCACGCCUACAACAUAUAAAAGGAAAAUAUUUGGACGUCAAAAAACCCUAUCGGAGACAUCAAUCUAUAACCCCAUUGACCCACAAGAACGGAAUAAAAAUAGACAAUAUAGUUUUGCGGAUAAAACCCUAGAUUGCAUUACACAAUGCUUUUGGCAAUGUUCAUCUUGUUACCAAUGCAAUGAAAAAUCUUAAUCAAAUAAUCAGUGGUUGUCUGGACAAUAAACAAUAAAUAGUAUGGUACAAAUAUCUAAAUAAAUAUCUUAAUGGCUCGUUUGUGGACUUGAAAUAUCUCCACACAAUAAUAUUGUAUAUAGUAUGUCACUCCUAACAUUUGACUUCUGGAGUCCAUCAAUUCUUCAAUAUCAGCCCUGCUUUAGUCUAUGCUCUCAAUUCACCUAUAAGGUGUGAUUUAUACGUUUUUUUAUAUUCUAAUAAUCUAUGAAGACUCAAUUCCAUUAAAUAACCAAAAAUGGUUUAUAAUAAUUUAUUUAUGUACUUAUUAUAUUAGGCAUUUAACAGUCAUUUCAAUCUUAUCAACAUGUUUUAAUAAUGUUAUAAUUUCAUAUUAUUGUUUAUUGUAUUUAAAUACAUUGCAUGUUAUAACUUACACCUACAACAUUUUAUUUAAUUACUACUUUCUUACUUUAUACUUGAUAAUAAGUUUAUACUUGUUAAUGUUUCCAAAUAAUGAAUAAUGAACAUGCUCAA